AUGACAAAGAUGCUGAUUUCUGACACCAUAAUUCUACUACUGUUAACAUUCAGUUUUCAAAUCGCAAAUAUUUUUGCAAUCCCAUGCAAUAAUAAUACUAUCACUCAUCAACUACAAAAUGAUACUAUACAAAUCAUAUUUUUAUCAACUGAUAUAAUAAAUUUAAAUCGAACAGUUCAAUGUACAGCAAAUUCUUCAAUAGAAUCUAUUCAUGGAUAUGUAUAUAAUUGUACUGGACUUGGUUAUGGCCAAAGUGAUCAAAUAUCUAUUGGAAUAGAACAUGAUAAUGGUACUUUAGAAACUUGUUUCAUAACAUAUGCUACAAAUUUACAACCACCAACUUUAGCAUAUAUCAAUGUAACCGGUGAUAGAGUUCGUUUAGGUAUUGAACAUCCAAUAGGAUCUUUCGAUUAUGUUAUUAUUUAUUGUUCGGAUGAAAAAACACAUAUAAUAUUCAAUACUAGCGCACCAUUAGAAUAUUCUAUAAUUAGUGUCGACUGUUCAUUUCUACUAGAUAUGCCACUAAUGAGUUUUGUACUUGAAACUAUUAAGGAAGAUUUUACUCCAGCAGUUACUCACGUUGUCCAAGAAGUUCCUUUACCUGUUCCAUUUACAUAUUCAUUUGAUUCACUUCUACUUACUGUCAUUGCAAAUUCACCACCAAAAAUAAAUCUUCCUAGUAUAUAUGAAUUUAAUUUAAUAUUUCAUGAUAAACAAAAUGAAAAUAUUACUUAUGAGAGAAUAAAAGUAUCCAAUUUUCAACUUAAUCCAAAUUCCACAUUUAAGUAUGGUCUUAUACCUAAUCUUAGACAUGAAAUUAUUUUUACUCAUACUAUCAAUUCAAUUGGUUACGCUUUGUCGAAAUCGAAUACAACACCAACAUCGAAUGUUUUAUAUCCAUAUGAAGUAACAAAUGUUCGUAUACAAGAAGAUUUUAAUAAUAUUAUGCUUAGUUGGACAGAUACUCAUUCUGAAUAUGAUCCUAUUGAAUUUAUUGUUUUAUGUAAUUCAAGUGAAAAUUCAAUGAGAAAAGUUAAUAGAAAUACAACAUAUACUUGUCAACAAACAACAUUUAAUGAAAUAAGUAUAAUUUCUAUUCAAACACGAGUAGCUAUUCCUGGUUAUAUACAUGAUCGAAUAGCUGCUGUAGGAAUUAAUGUUAAACAAAUACCUGAUAUACCAUUAUUUGAUGUUUUCAAUAAAACAGAAACUACUAUUAUGAUACAAUGGAAUUAUAAUAAUUCAUUCAUAUCAAAUUUAUUUGAAUAUAAAAUUCAAUGUGGUUCACAUGAUGAUUUUCAUCCAAUUGAUAUUCAAUCAAAUGCAUAUCAAUGUCAAUCACUUGAAGAAGCUACACUUUUUAUUAUUACAAUGUCUUUAGUUAAUAUUAAUAAUACUAUUCAACGAUUAAGAAGUAUUCAGGCGAAUACAUUACUCCAAAAAAGUAAAUGUAGAACUCACCAUUAUCCUCCUGAUAUUAAUGCUACACGUAUAGUUAUAAUUGAAUGGAGUCCUCCAAACAAAAAUUUUGAAAAAAUAUAUGUCUACUGUCCAUCAACAUAUUUUGUUUUUGACUAUCAUGAAGUAACAUCAGUUAUGUUUGUUAAAUGUGAAGUUACAAGUGGAAGACAAUAUAAUGUGACAUUUGUAACUUUUAAAAGUGGUUUUGAACCAGCAGUUCUUCAAUGUCCAGAUACUGCACCAAUCGAUUCGACAACAACAACUACAACGACAUCAACAACAACGACAUCAACAACAACGACAUCAACAACAACCACAUCAACAACGACCACAUCAACAACAACGACAUCAACAAUAACGACAUCAACAACAACCACACCAACAACAACGACAUCAACAUCAACAACAACCUCAUCAACAACAACCACACCAACAACAACGACAUCAACAACAACCACAUCAACAACAACCACACCAACAACAACGACAUCAACAACAACCACAUCAACAACAGCGACAUCAACAACAACCACAUCAACAACAACGACAUCAACACCAAAUGGGAAUAUAACGAGCUCAACAACGACAUCAAUACCGGGAACUGAUACAACGGAUUCAACAACGACAUCAACACCGGGAACUGAUACAACGGAUUCAACAAUGACCACAGGGCCAGGUGCUACCUCAACUUGUUCGUCAGAUGAUUUAUUGAAAAUGAGGGAUGAUUUAUUGAAAAUGAGAGAUGAUUUAUCAAGAUGGCGUACGGCAGCUAUUAUUGCUUUUAUCAUUGCUGGAUUCUUACUGCUGGCUACUAUUUGUCUUAUUAUUUUCUCAACCUUAGUAGUUUUACGAAAUCGACAUAGUAAUACUGAUGAUUAA